AUGCAAGCAGCUGACGCAGGAGAGCCAGUUUCCGACUAUGAAGCUGGAAAUGGAGAGGCGGAUUUCUUGGUUGAGGUGGAUGACGAGGUCAUAAGGGCUGCUUUCGAGUCCGGUAUGAACCUCACAGAAUAUUCAUCUCAAGUGGAAGAGCAGUUAAAAGCUGCACGUGAUCUUACGGUACAAGACUGUAUCGAACAAGCAGAUAAACUGGCUGAGUUGCAUACAGGUAUUUGUGCCUGUGACGAAGCUUUUGCGCGUCUGGAACAAAUGUUAAUAGGUUUUCAAUCAGAAUUAGGAACGAUUAGUGCAGACAUGAAACGACUGCAGCAACAGUCAGUAGACAUUAACCAGGAACUUCAAAACAGACAAAAAGUUCGUGGUGAAUUGAGCCAGUUUGUUGAUGAUAUGGUUGUACCGCACACUAUGAUUCACGCGAUUUUGGAAAGAGAAGUAGGCGAUUCCGUUUUUAUUGAACAGCUGCACGAGCUGCAGCACAAAUUGCAGUUUUUAAAAGCUCAGGAAUUCAAGGAUGCCAAGGCUGUAGCGGACGUUCAGGACGUAAUUGAAAACCUGAAGUUUAAAGCAAUGGCGAAGAUUCGAGAAUGGUUGAUUCUUAAAAUAAAUUCUUUCAAGAAGCCUCUUACUAAUUACUUAAUGUCUCAGGGUGCGCUGCUUAAAAACAGGUUCUUCUACGAGUUCUUACUGGCAAAUGAUCGCCAAGUAGCUAAAGAAAUUCGCGACGAGUAUGUUGAUACACUCAGCAAAAUGUACUACACUUAUUUCCGGACGUAUGCUUCUCGUCUGUUCAAGCUUCAGCUUAACGACGCAGCAACAAAAGAUGAUCUCUUAGGGGCUGAAGAUACCGUAAAAAAUGCUGGCUUUUUUUCAUCAAAGUUACAAGUUCGGAGUAGGGCAACAGUCUUCUCAUUGGGUUCUCGGGAUUCUCUUUUGUCUGAAGAGCUAACUGCGCCACUGAUUGUUCCUCAUACUUCACAGCAGUCAAACGAGAGGUUCCAGUUUGAAGUUCUGUUUCGCAGCUUGCAGUAUGCUUUCGUGGACCAUCUUUCUCACGAAUAUUUGUUUAUCUCUGACUUUUUUAUGGUUACUGGUCAGACAGCUGUAGGACUAUUUAGCCAGAUUAUGACACGUUCUUUAAAUAGUCUUUUGAAAACGUGUGAAGAGCACAUUUCGGGUAACUACGAUGCAAUUUCUUUGUUCCUCUGCAUUUGCCUGUGUUCCAAGUAUUCACAACUUAUGGUCGAACGCGGGGUUCCUUUCCUAGACGGUUACUGGGAGACACUUACAAGAACAUUGUGGCAUCGCCUGGAUACAGUAAUGAAGUUGCAUAAUGAUAGUGUUAGGGCGAUUGAUGUGAAAAAGUUGGUUCCAGAACCUGAUACCAGGCCGCAUCAUAUUGUUAGACGUUAUGCCGAAUUCACUUGUGCUUUGUUAGUUUGUGGGCAGGCAGCUGGUAAGGAUGUGAAUGCAAAGCUACAAAAAUAUAUAAGUCGACAACAAGCAGAAUUGGAGCAGCUACUCGUUAAAUUCACCGGAUUAUUUCCUGACGAAAUUGACAAAUUGGUUUGCAUAAUCAACAACUAUGAUCUCAUAAUAAGUAUAAUGGAGGAACGGGUUACUUGUGAUUCUAAAGAGAAAUCUGCAUUUUGGGAGUUACAGCAAAGGAAAAUUAGCGAAUACGUAGAAGUUAUGUUGCGACCUCGUUUUGGUGAACUUAUUUCAUUUGUUGUAGAAUGCGAACCGCUAAUUGAACAAAAUCAUACU